CAUUUUACAAACAGACUGAAGCUACGAGAGAGGAAGUGAUUGCCCAGGGUCACACAUGAUAGAUGGCAGAGCCUGGGAUUCAAAAUCAGUUUCACAGGGCUCGAGGAGCCCUUCGCCCCCUCUGCUCUCCCUGACAGUGGGACCAUAGACCGUGGGAGCCAGACUGGAAGACUGAGGCCGGGAAAGGGGAGCCACAAGGACGGUGCAGGGUGGCUGCGGACAGCUGCUGCAUUGCCUGGGCACGCGGUUUCAGGAGCCUCCCCCGGCGGUCGCCCCUGGGCCUAGGGCUCUGAGCUGCCGCAGGACUGGCUAGACCAGAGGUGGGGCCAGGGCCACCAGCCCUUUGCCCUGGGGCCAGAGGGAGGACCGGAAGACCAGAAAAGCAGGAGGAGGUGUCUCAGCUGAUUGGCAGCUUCUCCCCGCCCCCCAAUCUCCCUCCUGCCCCAGGUGACCUUUUCCCCAGAUCCCAGGGUCUAGGCACACCCCUGCCGGGAGGUGCGGACAACAGCGACGGCUGGGAUUGGUCAGAGCCAGGGGGGACGUGUCCCAGGCUCCGCCAGCCCUGGUGGCUGAGCAGAGCAGGUGGACUCCCAAGAUAGACCAGGAGCCACCGGCCUACCCGACUGGGACCUCUGCCCUCCAGACAUGGCCCCAGGCCCCCUUGGUCCCCAGCCCUGUGGCCGUGCAGGGGUGCGGGCAGCCUAAGCGCCACCACCCCAGGGCCUGUGCCCAUGUCCCUGACCCAGGCACGGCCGGCCUCAGGAGCAGAGGCCAUGGAGACAGUUGCCCCAGCUGUGGACCUGGUGCUGGGGGCCUCGGCCUGUUGCCUGGCCUGCGUCUUCACCAAUCCCCUAGAGGUGGUGAAGACGAGGCUGCAGCUGCAGGGGGAGCUGCAGGCCCGCGGCACCUACCCACGGCCCUACAGGGGCUUUUUGGGCUCCGUAGCAGCUGUGGUCCGUGCGGACGGGCUGUGUGGCCUGCAGAAGGGGCUGGCCGCCGGCCUUCUUUACCAGGGCCUGAUGAAUGGCGUCCGCUUCUACUGCUACAGCCUGGCAGGCCAGGCUGGCCUCACCCAGCAGCCUGGUGGCACCGUGGUCGCGGGCGCCGUGGCUGGGGCACUGGGAGCCUUUGUGGGGAGCCCUGCUUACUUGGUCAAAACGCAGCUGCAGGCCCAGACGGUGGCCGCGAUGGCCGUGGGGCACCAGCACCAUCACCAGAGCGUUCUGGGUGCCUUGGAGACCGUCUGGCGGCAGCAGGGCCUGGCAGGGCUGUGGCGGGGCGUGGGUGGGGCCGUGCCCAGAGUCAUGGUUGGCUCAGCGGCCCAGCUGGCCACCUUUGCCUCUGCCAAGGCCUGGGUGCAGGAGCAGCAGUGGCUCCCGGAAGACAGCUGGCUGGUAGCCUUGGCUGGAGGCAUGAUCAGCAGUGUCGCCGUGGCUGCCGUCAUGACUCCCUUCGACGUGGUCAGCACACGGCUGUACAAUCAGCCCGUGGAUGGAGCCGGCAGAGGCCGGCUGUAUGGUGGACUUGCCGACUGCCUGGUGAAGAUCUGGCGGCAGGAGGGCCCCCUGGCACUCUACAAGGGUCUGGGCCCGGCCUACCUGCGCCUGGGCCCCCACACCAUCCUCAGCAUGCUCUUCUGGGAUGAGCUCCGGAAACUGGCCGCGCGGGGCCAGCGCCAGGGCACCUAGGCGGCAUCCCUCAUCGCCGUAUCCUGACACAGCCCGGGACCUGGCAGGAAGCGACGGCCCGCUCCGGCUGGGAAUGGCCGUCUCAGAGCAGGCCACAGGCCCAGACCCUGCCACACGUCCGAGGAGAGUGUGGACAGCUCUGGCCAACCGCGACCCCUGGCCCAUUCAGGGCCUGAGCCUCUGCUCUGGAUCACCAGCCACUCUGUUCUCCUGCAAGUUCUCUUCCCUCCCUGCCUGGGUUACCUCAUCCCAGGACCUUACCCAUGAUUACAAUAACCGCUCCGGGGCAUGACCGUCACCACGAGCCGGGUCGCUCACAUGCAUCCGCUUGCUUAGUCCUCGAACAGUACGAGACAGUGAAAUCCUCUCGUACCAAGAGGAAGCUGAGGCUCAGCAAGGUAAAGUGCUUUGACCAAAGCCACACAGCUUUGAAAGGAUGGAACCAGGGCUGGCUCUUAGCUCUGCCCAGUGCAGACUGGUGCCCCUGGCAGGAGCCAGGACCCUGGGGGCUGGAAGGCCCCGAGUGUCACUACUCAUGGGGAGGCUCCAGGAUGCACCAGGAGGCUGUCAUGUCACACCUGCGUCAUGAGCUCAGGCUGCCAUAAAAAGCGCCUCAGACCAGGGGUUCAAACAACAGAUCUUGUCUCACAGUCUGGAGGCUGGAAGUCCAAGAUCAAGGUGUCAGCAGGGUUGGUUUCUCUGAGGCCUCUGUCCUUGGUGGCCCUGGGUCCUCACACGGUCUUCCUUCUGUGCCUGUGUCCGAAUCUCUUCUAAUAGGGAGACUAGUCGUGUUGGAUUAGCACCCACCCUAAUGUCCUCAUUUUAACUUAAUUACCUCUGUAGAGACCUCGUCUUCAAGGACAGUCACAGACUGGGGGUUAGAACUUCAGUAUAUGAAUGUGGGGGAGGGGGGGCCUAAUUCAGCCUGUAACAUCAGCUGAGAGCUUUUACUGAGGGCCUCCUAGAUGCCCAGCACUGGUGGCGUUUGCACAAAUCCUCAUGACCAUUCUGAAAGGGAGCUCUUGUGAUGCCCAUUCUUCAGAUGAGGAGGCUGAGGCCCGGGGCAGGGAAGUGACUUGCUUAAGGUGUCCUCACCCCGGGCCCUUUCCCCAAGCUGCAGCCACACACCCCCACUGAGUAUGUUCCUAAGGCUCGCGCUGACCUUUGUGCUUCAGAGAUGGACACCGAGUACCUGGAAGGGGCAGGACUGGCCCAGGUCCAGCAGCCUGAGCCGCCACACCCCACGUCUGCCGUUCCAAGGGCACGGCUCCCCAACGCACACUCCAAACCAAUAAAGUUUUCUAUUUUGUUUAUUUCCACGACUCCCUUCU